AUGCGUACUCCUGCGCUAAAGCAGGCUGGGCAUUUGGUCUCAAGAGCGCCUUUCGCUCUCGAUUCAUGCUGCCCACCCAACCGCAGACUGUAUCACCGUCCAAGGUCGGGUGGCACCCGGCAGGACGAAGCUUUGCAAGUUGCCUUGUCAGCUGUCAGACACUCUUCUAGCUCCAAGGCACGAGAAAAGAAGAGGGCUGAAGAUCGGGAUUUCAUAGUGUCUGUGCUGGAGGCUUCAGCGACUCGCCGUGAUGCCAAGGGCUACCUGCAGAAAUAUGCUCCGCCAGGCGAAAAUAACGCCAAGAAGCGCAAGACGGGUGCUUCUCAAGAAACACCAGAUCAGACCUACUCUUCUAUCAGAGUUGUCAACCAGUCACCGAAGUUCAUCCAGGGCGAAGGCACGCCGAAGAAACAGGAAUGUGUGCCAGAGGAUGAGCCCGUCAACCUCGCCAUUGUCAAGAUGACUCUUCCGCAAGACCUGGACGACCAAACGCUGAGCGCUAUCGCCAAGACGUUUUCGCAACUCCGCAAACUUGGACUUGUGAGCGUUAUCGUUCUUGACGGAGGAUCGCAGUCGUCUCGAAAGAUUCUCAGAGAGCAGUCUUGGCGGGUCCAACAAGCUGUGGAGAUCUUUGGUGAACCGGGCUCGAUCCUGCUAGACCAGUGCGUUGGCGAGGCAGAGAAGCACACGGCUGACACUAAGGGCUUCAUGCCUUCUAGCGUCUACGUUCAGUACCCACACAUGGUACUUCGAGCUCUUCAGGACAAUGCAAUUGUGGUCAUACCCCCCGUGACAAUGGCUACUGACAUGAAGAGUAUUGAUGUGGUGGAUGCUGACGAGACCAUCGUCGCCCUCACAAAGUACUUCUGUGGACUUCAGUUGAAUGCGAGUGAGACCCCCGUGGAAUUGCCGAGAUCCACCCAGGGUGCGGGAGUCAAGGUGGCCUCUGUCGAAAAGGUCAUUAUCCUAGAUCCUGCGGGGGGGACACCACUCGCGGACGAGCACGAUUCAUGCCACCGUUACAUUAACCUGGAACAAGAAUUCGAGGGCAUCAUGUAUGCCCUCACACACCCGUCGGGAACAGAGGCGCGACGGGGAAAGGUGCCCGAGAGUGUGCGGCAACAGCAUGCUCGUAACCUGCAACUCGCCAAGAGCGUGCUUGCCAUGUUGCCGUCAACGUCGUCGGCUAUCAUCAGUACACCAGCAGCCGCUGCCAAUAAGCCCAUCCAAGAAUUUACCAGAGUUACGACGCGUAACAGGCAGAACCCUCUGAUACAUAACCUCUUAACAGACAAGCCUGUUUUCUCCUCAUCGCUACCAAUCGAAAGAGUCCGCUCAGGAAAAAAAGGCGACGCCGUCUCGGGAGAUGCGCAUGUGGCCACCCUUAUCAAACGGGGGAUGCCGUUGACGGUGUAUCCCGACCCUACAAUCAGCGCCUGGCUGCCUCCUCGACCAGGAGCACCUCGUCUGAGGCUCACAGACACCUGCAUAGAUCUUCCGCGGCUGGUCUACCUUAUCAACGACUCAUUCAACAGAGAGUUAGAUGUUCAACAUUAUCUUGACCGCGUCAACGAGAACUUGGCUGGUAUCAUCAUCGCAGGGGAAUAUGAAGGCGGCGCGAUCCUUACAUGGGAAAAGCCCUUUGGUAUCGACGAGGAAACAGCUUACAAAACAGGACGACUUGUACCUUACCUCGACAAGUUUGCUGUUCUGAAAAGCCGCCAAGGAAGCGGCGGGGUUGCGGAUGUGGUCUUCAACGCCAUGGUCCGAGGUUGCUUUCCUGAAGGAGUAUGUUGGCGUAGCCGACAGGAUAAUCCGGUGAACAAGUGGUAUUUUGAGCGGUCUCUUGGAACAUGGAAGCUCAGGGAUACCAACUGGACCAUGUUCUGGACAACACCGCAUCUACCACUCAGCGAUCCCAAGCUGCUAGACUACGAGAAUGUCUGCCGUAACAUUGAACCGUCCUGGGCAGAUUCAAAACCACCAGACUAA